GUGCUGCGUUUCUGAAGAAAAACGCCUCUCAGACGCAGUGGCGAUCCAUCAUCAACAAGUUCACCCCAGAGAAAUUCGACAAGCUUUGCGAGCAGCUGCUCUCCACGCUGCCUGUCCCGGGCGCCGCCAACUCUGGCGCAGCAGAGAAAACCAGCUGCUGCGACACAGAGUUUGGCACCGUCCUGGAUGAGCUGCUUUCUCUGAUCUUUGAUGCUUGCAGUAG